AUGUUGUUCCUCGUCCUUCGAGGGAUUUUACCUCUCUCGCUGGGAAUAGUAUCGUCCGUCCUAUCGUCCGCCGCAGCCGCUGAAACAACUCCCAAACCCGAGCCAAUCGAAGUCGUCCAACUCCCACUACCACCAGUUGUGUCCACGGACGAUGUUGGUGCCUGUACUCGCCAAGUUAACCCUCACGGAACCGGAUGCAUGGGGAAAACAUCCGCCAUACAGGGAGGCAACUUCUCCCCGGAUGGGAAUUAUGUUUGGGCCAGUCUUAAUUUCACUGGUGCCCCAGCCGCACCAGACCCCGCUAGCAUCUACACAGGAGUCCAAUUGAUCAUGGUCAGCACGAAUGGAACCAACUUCUCCACUGGCGACCCAUGGAAGUGUGUGACUUGUGGUGUACCAGAAAGCAACAAAGCGGGCAGUACGUCUGUGGCCGAUUAUCCUCAGACUUUCGCCGACGGUCGACGCGCUAUGGCUGGAGCCAACAUCAUCGAAUGUCGAGCCGGCCAAUUGGCAAGUGAUGAGUGCUCUCCAGACCAGAUCUACAUCUAUCCCAUUCGAAUGAGCAACAAGGCCGAUGAUUCUGGGCCAGGAGCCAGCAUCCGCGAGCUGCGCUUGCACCCCGAUAACGUUCACCUGGGUUUCAAUUCAUACAGCACCAUAUCGUCAGGUCAGCUGAAUGAGAAUGGCUACUUUGGUCGACUUCACUUCAACGAAUCCCCUACUACAGGGUCUCCUCGCACUGCUCGAUAUGACGUUGUGAACGUGACUGUCCUCGUUUCUCCUAACGGACCACAACCGUACAGCGUCACGGGCGAUCGACUUUACAUCAACCGGGAGGCAAUAACCGUGGGAGAGUUCCGAGGAUUUACUGGCCGUGGUAAAGAGGUCCUUUAUAUCGGGAGCUCCUGGGAAUCAUGCAAUAUUGAUCUAUUUGCCGCUGACUUGAUUACUGGUCACGUCCGGCGUGUCACCACGCACCCUGGCUACGUGGACCCUGUCGGAGAUUCUCCGGAUGGGCGAUGGCAAGUCAUCCUGGAUACUCGUGGCACUGAUCGCAUGGAGUUUCUCUCGGGGAUGCGCGGCAUUCCUCCUGUGGUAGACCUGCUGACAGUCACCACGGUCGCUUCUGUGCGAAACAAUGGUGUUCGACGAUUCUUUCAACCCUGGCUGUUGGACGCGGAGGGCGACCACGAUCCUAAUUACUACGGCCAGCAGAUCAAUGCUGGUGGCAAGGGGCAGCCGGGUAGCAUCAAUGACCCGAACUGGAAUGCUGGAGCGGAUCCUCGGUGGUCUCCUGAUGGCACCAGAAUCAUGUAUUGGCAAAAGAUGGUCCUACCUCCUGCUUGUGGUGGUACCAACCCACUGCCAUGUCCCAACUCCACUGAGCCAGGUGGCCGAACUACGCGUCUGAUGAUGGCCCGACUCACCAGUCGGCAGCCUUACCAUCUGGAACCCGUGCCCCCAGUCGCCGAUACUGUGCCAUGGGGCCUGCCAUAUAUCCCUGGUAACACCACCAUCCCUGAUACGCUCGAUGUGCCACAAGGCAACUUGACGCUGCAUGGACUCGACUCGGGGUUCGCUCGUGUUGUUCUCCAGAAAAGCAAAGCCACUUCUGCUCUGAACUUCGUUGCAGUCACCUAUCACAACUACUCGGAUGAUGGCCUUCAUUACAUCCAUGGCACCGAGUCGGUGGCUGCCACACAAUUGUCCCUGACGUCUACCCGCCUAGAGUGGUAUUCCAACCUCACUGGCACUGGAGUCUCACCCAGUACGAAAAUAACCAGUCCUAAUGGAUUCCACGUCGUCGAUGAUGCUAUGACCAAUAUUUUCAUGGCCAAUGGGACCCUCAUUACUACUGUCGAUGGGGUGGUAUACAAGCAGCCUGUGAAUGAAGGAUGA